AUGACAGACCUACCAACGUUGAUCAAGCAAAGCAGAGAUCUUGAGAGAAAGAUCAAGAAGAUCAAAACUCGCAAUGCCAACAGAGAUCUAAUCGACAAACGCAAGACCCUCGAAGCCCAGAUUGAUCAGCAGACCGAAAAACUCAACGAUAUCAAUGGCAACAUCGAGUCCUCCCAAAAGCAGAUGCUGGAUGUGUGCGAUGAACUCGGAGAAGCUGCACGUCAAGUCAAAAGGCUUUCCAAGUACGACAGGUCGGACCUCGAAGUUGUUCUGAGCAAGAAAACAAGUCAUGAGAUGGAGAAAAUGCUGGACGACUUCAACAAGAAGGUUCAAACGUACCGCAGUCUAACACCCUCCAACGGCUGGAUUCUGCACCUCCUGGCCGAAACAAUCUUCCUACAGAGUCAGGAUAAGUUUGGCUGGCAGGUUGAUCUACCACCUACUUUCGAGAACGACAAAGCGGUAGAGAUCUUCCAGAGCAAAGUGGCCGAGAAACUGGAGGAUAUGAAGAAGGCCAAGAAACAGUCUCAUCAGCUCACCUAA